AUGUUUGCUAAAAAUUUUUCAGUUUAUCGUUCAAUUACGAAACAAUUUGUUAAUUUGCCCGCGAAAAAGCUGGCUGUUAAGGGUUAUCGCUCGAUACCAUGUCCGUUGUUUGCACAGAAUCGGCAUUAUGCUCAAUCGGCGUCGCAGGAUAAACUGAUAAUCUUUGAUACAUCUUUACGCGACGGUGAACAGUCACCUGGUGUCACCUUUUCGUCGGACGAGAAACUAGAAAUUGCACGACAUCUUUCAAAUCUUGGAGUUGACGUGAUUGAAGCCGGUUUUCCAAUUGCUUCACAGGGUGACUUUGAUGCGGUUGCACGUAUUGCAAAGGAAGUUGGCCCUCUUAUGCAUGGUCGAGAAAAGAUUGGCAAACCUAUGAUCAUUGCUGGCCUUUCACGUGCCACUCAAAAAGACAUUAAGCGUUGUUAUGAAGCUGUAUCUUUGGCGCCACUGCAUCGAAUUCACACUUUCCUGGCUACAUCGGAUAUACACCUUAAUUAUAAACUAAAGAUAGAUCGUAAUGAAUGUAUUAAGCGUGCUACUUCAGCAGUUGCAUACGCAAAGAGUCUUUGUGAUGAUGUAGAAUUCAGCUCUGAAGAUUCUGGAAGAACUGAUAAGGAUUUCUUGUGUCAAGUCUUGGGAAAAGUUAUCGAGGCUGGUGCAACUACUCUAAACAUUCCAGAUACAGUUGGUUACACUAGCCCUAAAGAAUAUGGUGCAUUAAUCAAAUAUUUAAUUGAAAAUACGCCUGGAAGUCAUAAAGUAAUCUGGUCUACACAUUGUCAUAAUGAUUUGGGUCUUGCUACAGCUAAUACGUUGUCUGGAAUUACAAAUGGUGCUAGACAGGUAGAAGUGACAAUCAAUGGUAUUGGCGAACGUGCUGGCAAUACAUCUCUUGAAGAAGUCGUAAUGAACAUCCAUACUCAUCCUUCUUCAUACCCAGUGUAUCACACCAUCAAUACCCAACUUAUUUACCGUACAUCCACUCUAGUAUCAUCUCUUUCUGGAAUGGUGGUACAACCAAAUAAGGCAAUUGUGGGCGCCAAUGCGUUCCUUCAUGAAUCUGGCAUUCAUCAAGAUGGUGUGCUGAAGAAAAAAGAAACUUAUGAAAUCAUGCGUCCUGAAGACGUUGGCAUCUUCAGUACUAAUUUGGUGUUGGGUAAACUUUCAGGACGCAAUGCUUUUCGCUCCCGCCUUGAACAACUUGGUUAUUUUGAUAUGAAUGAAGAUGACUUAAAUAAAGCCUUUGAUCGAUUUAAGGCUUUGGCAGAUGCUAAAAAGCAUGUCACAGAUCAUGAUCUCUUGGCUUUGAUAGCUGAUCAUGUUUCUUCUGGAAGUGAAUCUAAAUUCGAUUUGCAAUCAAUUCAGGUUAUUUCUGGAACUCGUGAGAUGGUUACUGCAACUGUCAAACUCAAGGAUUCUUCUCAAGAACAAGAGCUCAUUGGUGCAGCCGUCGGGCGAAAUGGUCCUAUAAUGGCUGUAUUUAGUGCCAUUCAACAAUUGGUACAACGUAAAAUUCGCUUGUUAGAUUAUGAAGUUCGUUCUGUUUCUGAGGGGAUGGAUGCUUUAGGAAAAGUUGUCGUAAAAAUUACUGAGGAUGUUGAUUAUUCAAUUUCCGAAACAGAUUCAAAUCCGCAAGAACAUAUUAUUGAUCGUGCAAUUAAACCCAUUGUCGAUUCAAAAGGAGAAACAAAGUUAUCAAAGAGCACAUAUCACGGACACGGCACAGAUGUUGAUAUAGUAAUGGCAAGUGCGAAAGCUUACGUAAAUGCAAUCAAUAGGUUGUUUACAAGCGAACUUAGCGGAAUAUCUCGGAGUUCCUUGGAAGAAAGACAAGCAAAUAUAUAA